GCCCGCCGAAUCCUCUUUGGCGCUUCUGUACCCUUUUCCUAUGAGGCCGGUUGUACGCUAAUCUGACAGCAACAUAAUGCUUACUUUCUGCUGUAAAAUUAAUUAAAUUAGUCAAAACAAUGUCGGAAGACGACUUAAAGGUACCGGAAGAGCUUUUCAAGGACGUGAAGUUCUAUGUGGUGGGAGACAUUGAUCAGAAGGUUGUGCAACUUCUGAAAGCUGGAAAAGGAAAAGAAGUGUCAUACAAUGCCCUCGCCACCCAUAUUAUAGCAGAAGAUGGGGACAAUCCAGAGGUCGGGGAAUCCAGAGAGGUCUUUGACUUGCCUGUUGUGAAGCCGAGCUGGGUGAUCCUGUCUGUCAAAUGUGGAGACCUGCUACCAGUUACAGGAUUUUCCCCAGAGUCAGGACAAGUGUUCUUUGGUGUUACAGCUUGUCUGCCACAUUUGUCAGAGGAUCUCAACACACUUUGGGCCUUUGUAACAUUCUAUGGAGGAGACUGUCAGCUCCACUUCAACAAGAAGUGCACACAUCUAGUUGUGCCUGAACCAAAGGGGGCCAAGUAUGAAUGUGCUUUGCGACAUAGCAACAUUAAAAUAGUGACUCCGGAAUGGAUUUUGGACUCUGUAAAAGAAAAGAACAGGAAGGAUGAGACUCUGUAUCACCCACGUCUUACAGUAUAUGAGGUACCAGAAGAGGAAGGCAGCGAGUAUGAAAGGAGCUCACGUUCUGAAGGCAGCUACAGUGACAGACGCUCACCUCACAGCCGGCGGUCCAGCCCUACGUCAUCCCGUGAUGCUUCCCCAGUAGGCAGGCCUAGUCGUUCACCCUCAUCGAAACAUGAGCGCAAAUCAGAGUUGAUGUUCGAUGACUCUGAUGACUCGUCCCCAGAGAAGGAGGACCGUAACCUGAACUGGACCCCAGCUGAGGUGCCACAGCCUGGUCCCGCCAAGCGUCGACUACAACCUGGCAAAGAAACUGGUUUGAUCAACCUCUGUGCAAAUGUCCCACCUGUACCUGGAGGCUUUGGGCCACCAGAUGCUCGGCUGGUCGGCGCAGGUGGAGGUGUGCCUCUAGGGGUGGAGAGAUCCGAUGCCAUGGGUGGUUGGAAUCCAGCUGCUAGGACUCUGAGGAACAUUACUAACAACACAGACACGCAACAGGCCUCGCGACCCUCCAAUGUGGCACAUAUCCUCCAGAGUCUUUCAGCCUCCUCUAAAGGUGUGGUGGAGCACCUGGGAAAUCAAGGCCAGCCUGGUGUUCCCAACCAGCUUCUGUUUAAUUCAGUUAAGACCCAGCAGCAACUACCACCUGAAGCACAGCAGUUAAUACAGCAGCAACAGUCACAUCAGCUACCACAACAGCAACAGCAGCACCCGCAACAGAUGGCACAACACCAUCCUAUGAUGCUACCCCAGGUCAUGCAGAUGCACCACCAUCAGCAGCAGCAGCAACCGCAGCAACAGCAACAGCAACAGCAGCAGCCGCCGCAGCCGCCGCAGCCACCGCAGCCACCGCAGCCACCGCAGCAAGGCUUCCCUCAAAUGCCUCAGCAGUCCCAUCAGUUCUUACAGCAGCAGAUGCAUCAACAGAUGUAUGCACAACAACAACAACAACAGCAGCAACAACAACAACAACAACAACAACAACAUACAUUCCCACAGCAACAAAUGCGACCACAGCAGCUCCCAAGGCCACCCUUGCAGCAGCAACAAGCAUUGCAGCAACAGUUACAGCAGUUACAACAGCAGCAGUUACAACAGCAGCAUAGGCUCCAGUUGCAGUUGCAACAACAACAACAACAACAGCAGCAGCAGCAACAACAACAACAACAGCAACAACAACAACAACAGCAGCAGCAGCAGCAAAACCAGCAGCAGAUGCACCAACAGCAUUUGCAGCAGCAACAACAUUUCUUACAACAGCAACUCCAACAGCAACACAUGCAACAGCUGCAACAACAGCAGCAAAUGCAACAGCAGCAUCUGCAGAACCAGCAGUCUCUACAACAUCAGAACCAGCAGGUUACUCCACAUCAGACCCAGACCAUGCUUCAACCUCCAGUGAUGCCUGCACAGUUACACCAACUGUUUGGGCACGAGCCUGGCCAAGACAUCCCUGAAGAGGGAUUCCUGGUUGGCUGUAUCUUUGCAAUUGCAGACUAUCCAGAACAGAUGGCUGAUAAACAGUUACUGGCCACAUGGAAAAGGAUCAUUCAGGCAAAUGGAGGGACUGUGGACUCUGCUCUCAGCCGUUGCACUCAUUUACUUUGUGAGAGUCAAGCCAGCAAUACCUAUUUCCAGGCUCUGAAAGAGGGAAAACGUUGUGUGACAGCUCACUGGCUUAACACUGUUCUCAAGAAGAAGAGGAUGGUUCCCCCUCACAGGACCCUUCAUCUUCCUUUCAGCUUCCCUCCAGGGGCCAAGCCCUGCUCACAGCAUAUCAUUUCUGUGACUGGAUUCGUGGACAGUGAUCGUGAUGAUUUGAAGCUCAUGGCCUAUCUAGCAGGAGCCCGAUACACAGGCUAUCUUUGUCGUAGCAACACUGUACUCAUCUGUAAAGAACCGAGUGGGCUGAAAUACGAGAAGGCAAAGGAGUGGAGGAUCCCAUGUGUGAACGCCCAAUGGCUGUGCGACAUCCUACUGGGGCACUUUGAAAAUGUGCGGCAAAUCCAGCACAGCAGAUACUCCCAGUUUAAUUUGCCUGAACCGCUGGCACCCAACCCUCAUCUUGUGCACAACCUUCUGAGUGCUUGGCGUAUUCCUGUGAAGAUCUCACCGGAGGCGUUGGCGAGCUUACGUCUGCAGCUGAAACAGAAACAGGCUGAUGUCGGCUCGCAGCCGCCCAACAAGAGGCCCAAGUUAGAAGAGUUGCCAACACCUACUAAAAAGCUUCCACCGGAGUCCACACCUUGUGUGUUUUUCACAGGCUUUGAACCUCUGCAGGCACAGCAAUACAUAAAGAAAUUGUAUGAUCUUGGAGGGGAAGUGGCUGACAGCGCUCAGAAGUGCACUCAUCUGGUUGCUAACAAAGUGACAAGAACUGUGAAGUUCCUCACUGCCGUAUCUGUAGUCAAGCACAUAGUCACACCAGAAUGGCUGGAGGAAAGCUGGAAAAGCCAGAAAUUUGUGGAUGAGCAGAGCUACAUGCUGCGAGAUGCAGAGGCAGAGGUGCUGUUUUGUUUCAGUCUGGAGGAGUCACUGAAGAGAGCUCAUGGGGCUCCGCUCUUCAAGGGGAAGUAUUUCUAUAUAACUCCAGGAAUCUGUCCGAGCCUCAGCACAAUGAAAGUUAUAGUGGAGAGUGCCGGAGGGAAAGUGCUGUCCAAGCAGCCCUCCUACCGCAAGAUCAUGGAGCACAAGCAAAACAAGAAUUUACCGGAGAUCAUUUUAAUAACCUGUGAAAAUGACUCCCAUCUGUGUCGAGAGUACUUCCUGAAGAACAUUGAUGUUUACACUGCUGAGCUCAUAUUGACGGGGGUGUUGACUCAGACCUUGGAUUAUGAAUCAUAUCCUUUUGAAAUGCAUGCAAGAUUUAACAGACACAUGAAACAAUCGCUUUUGAAUGAUUUCUGAAUCGACAUCCAAGUGAAAUGAACCAAGAACUGUUGUGUGUAAUUAAGCUCGUUCAUAUGACAGCAUGUUGUUACACAUUUUCAGCUUUUUUGUAAUAAAUUUGAAUGUAUUUAUGUAUGGUUUAUUAUGCUCCUUAACAAUCUCACAUAUAAAUUCACAUGAUGUCCUUGUAAGGACACGAAUAUUAUGUCUGCUGGUGCCCUGUUCUGGAUCAACGCUAAAGGUUACUUAUUAAAUUUUAGUGUACAGUCAUGUUAUAUUUCAAUGUUUGUAUUUUAUUACUUGAUUUAAUAAAUAAUUUGUUACCAGUUUUGUAAACAAAGUAACAGUGAAUUUAAAUAAAUUACUGUUAUUUGUAAUGGUUGUUUAAAUGAAGGCAAAACUAUGUUUUUACUGUGAUAAAUGUUUGCCCCUUUUAUGGUUUUGGAAUAAAAUCUGAAUUUGAUUGUGUUUUAAAUAA